GGUAAACAUUUUUUCGGCAAAAGCGUUUCGUUCAUUAGGCAUUUCAGCCUUUCAAAGUGAACAUUGAACACAACAUUUUGAUCCGUUUGAUUUUUUUCACUAACAUCAUCACAAUCAAUCUGUAUUCAUAGUGACCAAUGAACGGAUUUUGAUUACUUGUUGAUAUAAAAUAAAUUACGUGCAACAACAUGUAUAAAUGAAAGCGUCUUAAGAAGCAAAUGUAACAAUGCAAAUCGGAUAAAUAUCUAUGUUAAAAUUUAGUGAUUUUGUAAAUUGUAAAGUGAAUUGUCAUUGAUUGAAAAAACAUUGAUGAUUAUUUAAAGGUAAAUUUUAUUGAAUAUUUUGUGAUCAUCUUUAAACAGUGAAACAUCUCAACUUGUUUACAAACGGCCAACAUUAUGGACAUGAGAGUUAAAAAAAGUGUCACCAAUGGUUGAUAUCUCAGCUGUUUGUUGAUAAUCAAACUUGAAAUAAACCAACUACAUAAAGGUUAAAUCAAGUGGCGAGAUUAAAUCAAACGGAGAAAAGGUUCAAUCUCACAAAAAUCAAGUGUCAUACAAUCAAAUUGUGUCAAUUUACAAAAUGUUUGACCGUUAUAAUAAACCGUUCCAACGGAGUUUAAAUUUAACCAAACAUUAUCAUCGGAAUAAUAUAUUUAUAAAAAUGUCAUCUCUAUCAACUCCAUUGAUAUAUUUGUUAACAUUUGGCCUGUUAAUACCAUUAACAGCAUCCCAAGCACCUUCAACUCUUGCCUCAGGUUGUAAAUUUUAUCCAAUUGGAGAGAAUCGAAGGUUUGAAAGAGUUGCGGAGAACCUCGAAGUCGGUCAUGAGGUUUUCAGAGUAGAAGUACACCCACGGAUGGAGAUUAAACUGGAAGCCGUGGACAAUAGUUUAAGUGAUAUUAAUUAUUUCAAAUACGAAGAAAUAGAUGAUAAAACUGUUGCCAUAAAACUUGCUCAUUCCUUGGAGGAUCUUGUUGAUCGGCGAGAUCCUCAAAGUGUUCUUAAAUUUAAAUUAACUUGUCGUGGACCCAGUGGCACGGAAGAUGCUUUCCUCCCAGUAACUGUUUAUGUACAAGAUGUCAACGAUCAUGCACCAGAAUUUCAAAAUGUCCCAUAUUAUUUGGAGGUUGACGAGCUUACACCGGUUGGAUUAACCAUCUUUCGUGGUAUUCAUGCAAUUGAUAAAGACAAACCAAAUACUGCCAAUUCCGAUAUAACUUAUUCAAUUGUGGGUGGAAAUGAGAACAAUUCAUUUAUAUUAUCUGAUCCUAUCGAAGGAAUUCUGGUUGUCAAUAAAGCUCUUGAUUAUGAUCAUGGAAUACGCGAGUUCAAAAUUCAAAUUCAAGCCUCGGAUCACGGAGAUCCCAUUAGCUUAUCCCAGGUAACAACAAUGACAAUCAGGAUUAAAGACGCUGACGAUCAGAAUCCAGUUUUCACUCAAGAGGUUUACAAAGCAAGUGUUUCAGAGACACCAACAAUUACGGGACAGAGGAUACGAGAAAAAGUAAUAGUUGAUCCGGUGGUUCAUGCUUUUGAUUUGGAUCAGGGAAUCAAUGCAAGACUUCGGUACAACAUUAUUCUUGGCAAUGAAGGUGGAUUUUUUGAGAUGCACGAUCAAACAGGUGAACUGUUUCUUGUCCGAGAAAUUGAUUUGGAAUCUUUACCCAAUUCUGUUCUUACUCUUCAAAUUCAGGCAACCCAAGUUGACAAUCCAUUAAGACAAGCACUUUCUCGUGUUGAUGUUUUUGUUAAAGACAUUAAUGAUAAUAGCCCUGAAUUUGAAUAUGACAUGUACAACAUUACGGUCAUGGAAAAUCUUCCUCCUGGAUUUACUGUUCUUCAGGUUUAUGCAGUUGAUGCUGAUAAAGGUGAAAAUGCCGAGUUUAAAUAUGUUCUUCACGAUGAUUCAGAUGGCUUUCAAAUUGAUUCAACGACUGGUUGGAUUAGCGUUAAAGAUCCAGCUAAAUUGGACCGGGAAACACAAUCAAAAAUUCAAAUGAAAGUUACAGCCAUUGAGAGGAAACCCAAUGUUAACCCAGAUGCUGCUAAACAAGGUCCACAAACAACCGUCGAGAUUAACCUUUUAGAUGCCAAUGACAAUAAUCCACAAUUUUUCCCAUCCAACAUUUACAAUUUCAAUGUUUUGGAAACUGCGCCAGCUAAAACUAUUUUAGGAUCCAUAUUUGCUCAUGAUAAUGAUUUAGCUGAAAACGGACAAGUUGUUUACUUUAAACAAAAUGAUUCUCUUUCUCAAAGAGUUCCAUUUGAUGUUUAUCCUGGAAAUGGUUCGAUUUAUGUUUUGGAUUCCUUUUUGGCUUUAAACAAGAAACAAGAGAGUUACACUUUUUUCGUGAUUGCCUCUGAUUCAGCUAAAAUUGCUUUUGAACGUCGUACCUCUGUAGCUGUCAUUCGUAUCAAUGUUACCGAUAUCAACAAUUCAGUCCCUGAAUUUAUUGGUGCACCUUAUGAAGCCUAUGUUGGUGAAAGUCUUCCUGAAGGAGCUUAUGUUACUCAAGUUUUGGCUCGUGAUGCUGAUUCAAUCAAUGAUGUUCUCGAGUAUUCCAUUAUUGCUGGUAAUGAUGAUAAAUUGUUCUUCAUUGAUUCAAGGAAUGGUAAAAUUUUAACCUCGGCUGUUCUUGAUUAUGAAAAGAAACAAAGUUAUGAUUUAUUGAUUCAAGUUUCGGAUGGUAUCAAUACAGCUGUUGCUCCAAUAUUGGUUCAUGUUGUUGACAUUAACGAUCAAUCUCCUGUUUUUGCUCAUAAUUUUUACAAUUUCUCGGUUGUUGAAGAGCUUAGUGGAAACGAUACCGUUGGCACUGUUCUUGCUUUAGAUCGAGAUUCAGGUAAAAAUGGUCAAAUACGAUACAGUUUGGUGGGUGAUCAAGCAAACAAUGCUUUCAUUAUCGAUCCAUUUAAUGGAGCCAUUAGAACUAGACGUCGAUUGGACAGAGAAACUGAAUCAACUGUAGAUUUUGUUGUCAUCGCAUUUGAUGGUGGAAUACCUCAGCUCAGUGGAACAACCAAUGUUCAAGUUAAAAUUGAAGAUAUUAACGACAACCCGCCUUUCUUUGAGAAAGAAACUUAUGAAGUCGAAGUACCAGAAGAGGUUGAACCACCUUAUGAUGUCGCUCGAAUCACAGCCUCCGACAAAGAUUAUGGUGAUAACGCAGUCAUUAAAUACCUUAUUUUAGCUGGAAAUGAAGAUAAAUCAUUUGCGAUAAAUCCUGACACGGGUUUGAUAUCAACCACAGAAAAGCUCAAUUAUGAGCGUAAAACAGAGCACAUUCUUCAUGUUGCUGCUCGUAAUCUUCGUCCAUUCCAAGGUCCUCAAGCAGCAUCUAUUGUUAAUCCUGCGGUUCAAGUAAUAAUCAAAGUAAAAGAUAUCAAUGAUGAGUUGGUUGUUUUCGAUCAACAGUCUUACCAUUUCAAGAUUGUUGAAAACAUGGCUCCUAAUCAAAUGAUAGGACAACUGAAUGCAACAAAUCCAAGAAGAAGUGGUUCUGAACAAGAUAUCAUCUAUUGGCUCAGCGAAGAUCGAUCUAAAAAACCAAAAUUCAAAGUAAUCCCUAAAACUGGAGAAAUCUUUUUGAUAGAAACUGUUGAUCGUGAUCCUCCAGCCUCUGAGCAUUCUUUUAAACUAAGAGCUUAUGCCCGUGAUUCCCUAUCCAUUAACACAUUUAACACAAGUGUACCUGUUAUCAUUGAUGUACUCGAUGUAAAUGACAAUGCUCCAAGUUUUGACGAAGAAAGGUACAUGUUAGAAUUACCCGAAAGUCUUCCCCCAGGAACAAUUUUCCCGUCAUUUUUCAAAGCUAGAGAUAUUGAUGCUGGAUUAAAUGGUAAAAUAGUGAGCUAUCAUUUGAAUGGAAGUGACUCUGAAUUAGCAAUGUUCCGAAUAGACAAUAAAACUGGAACAAUCAGUUUAGGUGGUUCAUUAGAUUUUGAGACUCAAGCAACCCACGAGUUUGUCGUUAUUGCUUUAGAUGGUGGUGACCCUCCAAACAUUGGCUCUGCCACUGUAGUAAUUGGUGUUACAAACAUUAAUGAACAUUCACCCAAAUUUGUUGGACUUCCUUAUGAAUUCUGGGUACAAGAAAAUGCACAAGAAGGUACUUCUGUUGGUCAAGUUAAAGCAACUGAUGAAGAUGGAAACAACAUUGUUUUUUCAAUAACUGAUGGUGACACUGAUUACUUUACCAUUGAAGAGACGACUGGACGAAUCUUUGUUCGUAAAGGUCUUGCAUCCCGAACGCAAUAUACCUUUGUUGCUCGAGCAACAGACGACGGUUUACCAACAAACUAUUCACUUGGAGUACAGGUCAAAGUGCUUGUUAAAGAGGCUAAUGAUUUUCCACCAGUGUUUACAUCCAACUCUUACAGAGGUCGAGUUAUUGAAAAACAAGAGUCAAACAAGGUUAUUGUUAAAGUUGAAGCAUUGGACAAAGAUUUACAAAACAAUACUAUAACUUAUUCAAUUGCUUCAGGCAAUGAACAAGGAAUCUUUUUUAUUGAUAGAAUGACUGGAGAAAUUCGAGUCAUGGCUGGCUUAGGAUCAAAAAUUGAUUAUGAUAAACAAAAACAAUUUACUUUAUUAGUUCAAGCAACAGAUUCUCAUAAGACACCACUUUUUGGAUUAACUAUGGUCACUAUUGAUGUAGUUGACGUUAAUGAUCACCCUCCGAUGUUUAGUAAAAUGGCAUAUUCUGCAUCACUUCCUGAAAAUCUUCCAGCUGGCCAUUGUUUCUUGAAAAUUGAAGCAACUUCUGGUGACUCUGUUGAUAAGAUUAAAUACAUGAUAGCAGAAACUAAAGAUUCAAAUGCAUUUGGAAUAAAUGGAAACACUGGUGAUAUUUGUACUAAAAAAGUGUUGGACCGAGAGACUCAAGAUAAAUAUGAGUUUACAAUUGUUGCAUCUGAUGGAAAAUAUGAAUCUUUUGUACCUGUCAAUAUUGAAAUGUUGGACGAAAACGAUAAUCCUCCUCGAUUUGAAUCUGAAUCUUAUUUGGUUUCAAUUCCAUAUGAUGCUCCUCCAGGUCGUUCAGUUAUUCAAGUAUCCGCAACUGAUCCUGAUUUAGCAAACAAUGGUGAUGUAACUUAUUGGAUUAAAAACACGCAUGGAAUGUUUGAAAUUGAUGCCAAAACUGGUUUAGUUCGCCUUGCUGCUCGUCUUCCAAACGAUCGACAAAAUUCAACCUUUGAAAUGGAAGUUUUUGCUCAAGAUCAUGGUGUUACACCCAAUAUUGGCAAAGCAAUGUUAAUUGUCCGUGCUUCAAACACCCAAAAUCAUCCACCUAAAUUUGAACGUUUCUCAUAUCUAGUGGCUGUCGAUGAAAACAUCUCUGGUGUACCGUUAUUAAAGGUAACAGCUAUUGACCCUGAUCCAGGUAAAGCUGGUAAAGUUCAUUAUAAAAUUGUCAAGUCUACAAAGCCCGAUGUUUUCCGUAUUGAUCGUAACUCGGGUCGAGUGUUGUUGGAACAACCAUUGGAUUAUGAAGAAACUAAAUAUUUAGAGAUUAUGGUUGAAGCAAGAGAUGAAGCUCGAGAACCUCAAUUUAGUACAGCAGUGGUUCAGGUUGUUGUCAAUGAUGUUAAUGAUAAUCCACCACAAAUACUUUCAAUGCCUCGGAUCCUUCGUGUUCCCCAAUCAACUUCACCUAACAAUGAAGUAAUUUACACUGUUAGGUCUAUCGAUGCUGAUUCAGAAAGAAAUGGUAACAAUUUAGUCAAUUAUGAUAUUUCUCCACCAUCAGCAUUUUUCGCCAUCAAUCCAACAACAGGUCAAAUAUUUGCAACUCAACCAUUAACACCAAUAACUGAGGUUCUUAAAAUUGUUGCCACUGACAAAGCCACUACCGGUUCAUUGUCAACUUCACGCGAGUUGAGAAUUGACGUUUACAGAGAUUCAAUUGAAGAACCAACUCCAGUUUUCACUUCUGUUCAAUACUUUGUUCAAAGUGAUACCGUAAUAGAAGCUGGUGCUUCAGUUUUAACCCCACGAGCAACAACACCCAAUGGAGCGCCCAUUUGGUAUAAUAUUACAUCUCAAGAAACGGGUAAAUACAAACGUUUCGCCAUUGAUCAUGACACUGGAAGAGUAACAACAACAACCAAAAUUGAUCCAUCGGACCCAAGCUUGAAGCAAUUGGUUUAUCACUUUAUUGUCACAGCUCAUAACAGGAAAGAACCAUUACAUUAUUCAGAAGCUGGUGUAGUCAUUAAAUUGUCCGACGCUAAUUUCCGUUGCCCUAAAUUCCCAUUCACUCAAUAUUAUGCUUCAAUUUCGGAAAACUCUCAGGUCGACACAACUGUAUUACCAAACUUGUUGGUGGAAGAUGUUGAGAAAAUGUCUGGAUCUAGAUUAGAUUAUCAAAUAACCGAAGAUGAUUCCAAUGAUAAUUUCUAUGUUGAUGUUCAUCAUGGUGGAGUCGGAGCUUCAGCUAAUGUUUCCUUACGAGUGAAGAAACCUUUAGAUAGAGAUUCAAUGCCCAAAUUUUUACAAGGAAUUUAUACACUAACAGUAACAGCUGCUAACCAUCGUUGUUCGACUAGUACUCGAAUUAAAAUCAUGGUUGAAGAUGUUAAUGAUAACAAUCCAGUUUUUACCACAACUGAUUACACAGUUGAACUACGUGAAAAUACACCAAUAGGUCACGUUGUCACAACAGUAUCAGCAUCAGACAAGGACGAGAUUGACCGAAACAAGUUGAGAUACCACAUAAUUGAAGGGAAUGAAGAUGAAGCUUUUGACAUGGAAGAAGAAACCGGAGUUAUUACUGUGAAAAUUGUUCCAGAUCGUGAACGACUUCCAGCUUAUGUACUUCGAGUUGUUGCCGUUGAUGCAGCCAACAACACUGGUUGGUCUAAUAUUCACGUAACAGUUUUAGAUGAAAAUGAUUGGACACCGACUUUCUUGAAUGAAACUUUCCUCAUGAAUGUAACCGAAGGACCAACAUCAAUUGGAACUCGUCUUAGAUUGCCUGUCGUUGAUUAUGAUGAUGGCAUUAAUAGAGAAAUGGAAGUUUACAUUGUUGAUGGUAAUGCUGAUGGUGAAUUUAGAUUAGAUGUUGAUGAAGGUGGACCUUUACUGACCAUAAUAUCUGAACUUGACCGUGAAAAAUACAAGGUAGAAGGAUCAGCUCUUCACCUUGUCUCCAUUGCUGCCAAAGAUAGAGGCAAUCCGCCAAGAAUUGGAACAACAAGGGUUGCCGUGGUUAUUCAAGAUAUUAACGACACUCCACCAAAAUUCGAGAAAGAUUCUUACUUUGAGGUUGCAUCUGAAAACAUACCUGUUGGCUCGAUUAUUGCCACUUUGAAAGCAACUGAUCCAGAUUCACCAACCAACACUGCCUUGGUUUAUUCAUUUGCUAAAUCUACUGGAAAAGUUCCAUUUGCAAUUGAUCCAUUGAAUGGUAUUGUCAACGUUUCAAGACCUUUGGAUAUCUCUGAAAAUGUACAAUAUUCACUGACUGUUGAAGUAUUUGAUGGACUCUGGAAAGGAAUGACAAAUUUGAAAAUUUAUGUUCGAGAAGCUGAAGAACGUGAUCCUCGAUUUGACCAAAUUCACUAUCGAUUUGCUGUUCCUGAAAACAUGGCUGGUAUUUUGGUUGGUAGAGUUGAACUGAAGCCUCGUAAAUUACGAAUUAAUGCUUUAAUGAAAUACACAAUUGUCAAUACAGAGAUGAGAAGUUUAUUCAAUAUAACUUCUGACGGUGAAAUUUACACCAAAAGAGGACUUGACCGAGAAAAGAAGAGCAAAUAUGUUUUCACUGUAAUGUUGGAAGAGAAAAGGCCAACAACUAAAAUUACCGUCAGUGAAGUUAUGGUAGAUGUUUUGGAUGUCAAUGAUGAGAUACCAACUUUCACCCAAACCUACAAGGGAACAAUCAAGGAAAACUCUGCUCCAGGAACCCAAGUAAUUAUUGGUCCACCAACAAUUCAAGCAGUUGAUCAUGAUUCGGGCAACAAUUCAAUUGUCCAUUACAGUUUGACUGGAGAAGGUCAAGAAUUGUUUACCAUUUUAGAUUCAGGAGCAGUCUUGUUUACACCUAAAGAGAUGAACCAAAUUUUAGACAGAGAAACCAAAGCAAAAUAUGAAUUGAAAUUAACUGCAACCGACAAUGGAAAUCUCAGUUCAACAACCCAAUUAACCAUUGAGAUUGAAGAUGAAAAUGACAAUCCACCAGUAUUUCAACAUGGACCACUAUUUGUAUUGCUUCCUGAAAUUGCCAAACCAGGGUCAAAAGUGGUCCAAGUAAAGGCUACCGAUAUCGAUGAGAAAGGUCCCAAUUCAAGGAUUCAAUAUUACAUUACAGCCGGUGGUAAAGGUGACAUACGUAUUGACCGUUUAACCGGUGAAAUAUUUGUUGUUGGUACCCUUAAACCAGAUUCAGUUUAUUAUUUAAAUGUUUCAGCCGUUGAUGGAGCUGGAUUGGCUUCAAAGACCAAUAUUAAUGUAACUGUUGUCGAUGUAAAUGAUCACAAGCCAACAUUUGAUCAAUCAUUUUACCAGUUUGAAGUGUUGGAAGGUAAUUACACCAAAGAGAAACUUCGUCUUGGCGUUUUCCGAGCUCGCGAUGAAGAUACUGGACGCAAUGGAAUCGUUGAAUAUACAAUGUCCAAUAAUGUUGGCAUUGAUUUUCCUUUCACCAUUGAUAUUCAUACUGGCGAAUUGUUUGCCAAUGGUAAAAUUGAUCGAGAACAAAGGGAAACUUACAAUUUCGCUGUUACAGCUCUGGAUUAUGGUGAACCAUCGCACAAUUCAAGUGUUGAGGUUACAAUUAAAGUGAAAGACAUUAACGAUGAACGACCUCGUUUCUUUACCGAUCCCUACUUGGCCCAUGUUCCUGAAAACUUAGAUCCUGGUUACAAGGUGACUCAAAUUGCUGCUUAUGAUCCAGAUCUUGGUGAAAAUGGCCAAGUCUUUUAUAAAUUGGGUGAAGGACAUGAUAAUAAAUUUUAUAUCGACGGUAAAGACGGAACUGUUUGGACAUUGGCUAAAUUGGAUUUCGAGGAUAAACAAUUUUACAAUAUUACGGUUGUUGCCUAUGACAAGGGAAACCCAUCAUUGAGUUCAACAGCCAAACUUUGGGUUACCGUAGCUGAUACUCGUGAUGCUGUUCCCGAUUUCCCUAAAGCUAUUUACACUCUUGAGGUGGCUGAAAAUGCCAAAGUUGGUGACACUGUUUUUAAUUUGAAUGCUGGUGAAGGACCUUUCAAGUAUAGUCUAUUAAAUGCUAAUCAAGUUGAUACAUUUACCGUAGACGAAUCAACGGGCCGAGUUAAAUUGGCCAAACCAUUGGACAGUGUUCAACGUAACCAUUACAGUUUAAUGGUUAAAGCUGAAGAUGACAGUGAACCUCCCAAGUUUGAUACAGCAGAGAUUAACAUUCUCAUUGGAACUGGUCAAGGAGUCAGAUUGUUCCCCAAAAGAUUGUACAAAAUAUCAGUCAUGGAAAAUCAAAAGUCACCUCUAGACCUGAUUGACCUCAACUCGACCGACGAACUGGCACAUCGACCAGUCCAUUACGCUAUAGUAGGCACUGAUUACGACGGAUUAUUUGACAUUGAACCAAAGACUGGUUUACUUCGAGUAACUCGUCCCUUUGACAGGGAAUCUCGUGACUUGUACAACAUUAAAAUCAAGGCCGAAAACUUGGGACACCAUCGAGCUGGUAGAGCCAUUCCAAGCUCAUCCCAAUCCUCUUCUCCGUCUAAGUCAACCCUCAACGAUCCAUUUGAUUAUCAUCUUGCUUUCGAUGAGACUUUAGUCCAAGUUUCGGUUGACGAUGAAAACGACAAUUCACCAAUCUUCACCAAUCGAGGUAAACCCGCUGUCGCCGCAAUCCCACUAGAAGCUGCCUUUGGUUAUCAAGUAAUCAAAUUAACGGCAACUGAUGCAGACACUGGAGUCAACUCGGCGAUACGUUAUGAGAUAUUGGCUCGAGGUGAUGAUGCUUCCUCCAAGUUUUAUAUUGAUCCUGUUACUGGAGUUGUCCGGUCAAUGGUUUCCUUUGCUCUUGAAGGAGGAAAGCUCUUUGGCUUUGAUGUUAAAGCAACAGACAGGGAAGGAAGUGAAACGGGCAACUCGGCUGUUACCAAUGUUUUUGUUUAUGUUUUACCGGAAACUCGGAUGGUCCUGUUUGUGGCCGAUUCAGAGCCAAUAAUGGUUGAAAGGAAAACUGGUGAAGUUUUAGGAUUCCUAAGCAAUGUGACUGGAUAUAAUGUUAAAAUGGCUAAACUUGAACCUCACAUGGAAGGUGAAGUUCAAGAAGCUCAUUCAACGGAUCUUUUCCUUUACGCUGUUAACCCUGAAACAAACGAUAUUGUUGAUACAGAUACACUUCUAGAAGCAUUUCGUGAAAAGUCUCAUUCAAUUGUCGAUAAUCUUCGUUCAUUUAAAAUCAGACGCAUUCAGGGAGUUACAGUGCAAGAAAAAAUCAGUCACAUGGGUGCAACUGAAAUAGCAAUUAUCGCAUUAUCAAGUGUAAUCUUUUUAGGUACAAUUUUAGCCAUUGCAUUGCUAUGUUCAUCAUGUAAAGAAAGAAAACUCCGCAAGGAACAUAAAGCAUGGGAACAACAGCGAUUGUACAGCAUUAAAAAUCCAUUGAUGUCCAAAUGUAUAAGUAAUCCUUAUGGAACCCGAGGACUUCCUAAUGGACACAGUACAUCAACCUAUUCAACGGGAGAUGGAAUAGGCAGUGAAUACGUCGAUUCACUGGCCUCUUACAAGCGCAAUGGAGGUGGACCAGGCAGUCGAUUAGGCGGUGUCAUUCCCAAUGGUAAAUGUAACCGUCAACAAGUUCCUCCUGAUGGUGCUUCAACCCUUAACCCACCUCGAAGUCCACGAUUCAGUGAUCGAUAUUCAACCCGAGGACGAACCGUUGUCGGUCAAAAUGCAAUGCCACCUUCAGUUACAGCUUUAGAUUCGAGUCAUGAUUGGCUGGAAAACAAGGAUCCAACUGGAUCAAUAGUUUCUGGUUAUUCUCGUGCUUCUGGUCGUUCCGCACGCUCAGCUUACACAGGUACAAGUUGGUCUUCUAGGAAAUCGCGAAACUCUGGAAGUCCAGCAACUGAAUUGUAAUGAGAAAGAAAACGAAAAAAAAGUUCAUGUUUUUUUUCCAUGAAAAUCGUCGAUAACUGGUUAAUAACAAAACCUAAUAAUACAAAAUUAGACUUACAUUGAAAAUCCAUCAUCACCAGAAGCCAGUUAAUCUUGAAACUUACCUUAUAAAAACAAAACACCUUUUCCAUUUGAGUUGAUGUAAAAGUGAAAAGCCAUUUGUUGGUUAAGAUUAAUUGUCAAUGAAGGGAAGCAAAUUUUCACCUUAAUAUUUCACCAAUUUUCACCUCUAAAUGGAUUAACUUUUUUUCGUUGCACUUCUUCUCGUGGAUAAAAAAGCAUCAAGUCAAACCUGAUCAUCAUCAUCACAACCAUCAUCCUCAUCAUCAACAUCAUUUUCAUCAUCAAAUAAAGCAAAUGCGAGACGUGAAGAACAGCCUUAAUUUGAUUCCAUACUGUUACUUUUAUUAAAACAUCAACAUGAUUAUGUUUAUUUUUGAUACUCUUUUUACGUAGUUAUUGCUGACAAAGUCAUUCCCAUCAUCUUCUGAUUGAUGAACAAAAAUAUGAUGAAACUGUUUCCAAUGUUUACUCUUCCUCUUCCUUCAUCAAUGGAAUCAUGGAUUCAUCUUUUUAAAUGUAUUAUGCUCAUUGCACCCACAAGUUUCAUCAACUGUCAAUGGUUCCAUGUUCAUCAAAGAUUGACUUUUAUUGAACCAAAAAAAUGAAAGAAAAAUUCAACUUAAAAUCUCGAGUCUUGCACUUCAUGCAAUUCUGUGCCAAUCAUAUCAAUAGUGAUUCAAAACUCUAAUCUAAACUUGCAAUGGAACCAAUUAACUCCAAUUCACCAUCAAUUGCAUCGAUAAAAGUUGAUCAAAAUCUUCACACAAUUUAAAUUCUUAAUCUUAACCAAUUGUUCAUAACUCUUGUAUUGAUAGACAACAAUGUAAAUAACUAUUCAUUUGAAAAGUAGACUUGAAAGUCCUUUUCGCUUCAUCAUUCAUCAUCUUGAAAAAGAAAAUUUCAAGAAACUCUUUUUUCAGGGAAAUAAAUAAACAUUUUAUUGAUUAA